AUGGAGCAGGGAGGAGAGGAGACAGCUGGACUGGCAUCAGUUGGAGCAGGGAAGGGGGGAGACAGCUGGACUGGCAUCAGGUGGAGCAGGGAAGGGGGGAGACAGCUGGACUGGCAUCAGGUGCAGCAGGGAAGGGGGGAGACAGCUGGACUGGCAUCAGGUGCAGCAGGGAAGGGGGGAGACAGCUGGACUGGCAUCAGGUGGAGCAGGGAAGGGGGGAGACAGCUGGACUGGCAUCAGGUGCAGCAGGGAAGGGGGGAGACAGCUGGACUGGCAUCAGCGGUGGCAGCAGCAGUGGGAGCAGAAGAGAGGCCCGCAGUUACAGCAGCGGUGGCAGCAGCAGUGGAACAGAGCAGGAGGAGCGCUGGAGCAGAGAAGCGCCGGGGCAGGGGAGGAGCGGAGGAGGAGAGGAGGAGAGGAGGAGGAGAGGAGGAGGAGAGAAGGGGCAGAGGAGGAGGAGAGGAGGAGGAGAGGAGGAGGAGAGGAGGAGGAGAGGAGGAGGAGAGGAGGAGAGGAGGAGCAGAGAAGCAGCGGAGGAAGGAGGCUAAGGAGGAUUCUCUGCCGUUGCCUCUGCCAGAGAUGCAUCGGAAGGGCGAGGAUCAGCAGAGGAGAAGCGGAGGCGAGGAGCAGCAGAGGAGAAGCGGAGGCGAGGAGCAGCAGAGGAGAAGCGGAGGCGAGGAGCAGCAGAGGAGGCAAAGGAGCAAAAGAGAAUCCCCUGCCACUGCCAGUGAGGAGCAGAGGAGAUGGCGCAGAGGGGAUGGGAGUAGCUGUGGAGCGAAAGAGAAUCGCCUUCUUCUGCCAGUGAGUAUCUCCUUUGCUGGUCUCUGUUGA